ACGUGACUCCUCUGUGAGCAGCACCGGGGUAAAGGUGGACUUUUUUGUGUCGCACAGACUGUAAUUUGACUGCUGCCGUGACAGUGCCAGUCACUUGACUUUCCUCCCGUCGCCACUUUGUGAAGCGUACGCGUUUGAUUUGCUCUUCUCCUUCAACAUGUCUAUCAGUCGGAAAAACUGGUCGGCUCUGUCCAGCCUGGCGCGUCAGUGGACGAUGGAAGAUGAAGAAGAAGUGGAGAGGGAGAAGAGGAGGAGGGUGAAGACCAGCUGCAGUGCAGAACCAGAUGCUGACUCCAGCCCCACACCCAAAAGCACAGGGACAGACUCUUCCAAUGAGACGGCCCAGGGGCUCAGCAGUGCGGAACAAAUGCAGUUGGAUUUUGUGGAGAUGCUGCGAGUACGUGAUGAAAAGCGGAGGCGGAGACAUGUGGAGACUCUGAGGAGACAGAAAGAAUGCGGGGAUGACGAGGGGCCGAGCAAAGAAGAAGAUGCCCGACUGGUGCUGCUGGGGGAGCUGGAUGAGGACAAAGGCAGUGUGCAUGAGCCACAGCCAUCCCCAGAAACGUCCACCAUUGCUCUCCCCAAAGACAACACCAGGGCAAACAUGGCAAAAACACAACAAGAAAAUGGAGAUUCUUUGAGGAGAGACCCUGACCGUGAUCCCAAACCAGCAUCCAAUCCAGCUCGCAAGUUUGUCAGUUCGGUGUCCAUCUCCCUGGACAAGUCGAGUGGACCCACAACUCCCAUGAGCCCCCUCUCUCCAACGGCGUCUGUGUCACCUCGAGAGCGCUGGCCCUCGCCCUGCCAGAGCCCCUCCCCUCAGGGAAGACAAAGUCCUGUGCAGAACGGACACACGCAGACCAGUGUGAACGGCACUUCCACCAAUGGGAACUUUGAACAAGCGGCCAAACCUGCCUUCAUCAGACAGAGCUCGAGGACUAUCUCAUUCAGGAUGAUGAGGAAGAAGGAGGAGGAGAGCACACCACUGCAGAGGAGUGCAAGUGUGAGGAUCGCCUCCAAGAAGUUUGAGUCUAACACGGACCAAAAUGAAGAUGAGGAUAAGGCUUCAUCUUUCCAGAGAAACUCCAGGCAGAGAAUUUCAUCCAGGACCAUCCAGGAGAAGAUGGAGAGGCUGGCUCAGGCAGCACAGAAAUCAGAACUGACUCGGUCUCCAGACGUGACCCAGAGGACCCUGUUCCUUCUGGAGGAGGUCUCCAGGAAGAGAGGCCUGUUCGAGAAAGAGCAGCCGACACAGAGCCCCACCAGUCCUGGAGUUACCAGACAAGAGUUCAGGGGCUUCACGUCAGGAAUAUCUGAUCGGAUCAACCGCUUUCUUCAUAAAACCAGCCCAACAGGGUCCACUCUCACCACGACUGACCUGAGACACGUUGACAUCACUAGUAAGAGGAGUCUGUUUGAGAACAGAGGAGAGGAAAGUGUCUCAAAAGUCAGCCCUGGAAAAAGCAAGAUAGGCAGAGAUCUGGAUAAUUAAUGGAUGCUGUGACUGACGCUUUGCCUCCUCAAAUUUUUUUUUUUUCCCAUCCACUGCCAAUGUACACAGGA